UUACAGAUUAUGAAAGAAAAUCAGACAUAUAUUAAAGAAUUCCUAAUGCUUGGAUUUCAAACUUCUCAAAUAAAAAAGAUUUUAAUAUUUACUUUGUUCUUAAUGGUGUAUGUACUUACACUAGGUGGAAAUGUUCUAAUUAUAACAUUGGUAUUAACAAGUAACCAUCUCAGGUCUCCUAUGUACUUUUUUCUCAGCAAUCUGUCUGUAUGUGAAAUUAUGUUGACCACAAAUGUUGUCCCUAACAUGUUAUAUUUAUUAUUGAUGGAUUGUGGAACAAUGACUGUUGUCAAAUGUUUUGUCCAAUUUUACUUUUUUGGUACGGCUGCAACUACAGAGUGUUUUCUUCUUGCUGUCAUGUCGUAUGAUCGAUUUUUGGCAAUUUGUAACCCAUUACGUUAUACAAGUGUCAUGGACCAAAGACUUUGUUUUAAUCUUGCACUAACUGUGUGGGCACUUGGUUUCAUGGCUACUAUUGGAACCAUUAUUUUACUAUGCAAAUUGGAAUUCUGCGGUCCCAAUGUGAUUGAUCAUUACUUUUGUGACCGUGAACCCAUCUUACACCUUUCAUGCUCAGAUACAUUCUUAGUAAGAGCUGAAUCCCUUGUUUUUUCCUUCAUUAUAACCCUCUUUCCAUUUAUAAUUAUAAUCUGGUCUUAUUUUUCUAUAAUUGUAACAAUUCUCAAAAUGUCCACAACUGUGGUAAGGAAGAAAGCUUUCUCCACUUGUAGUUCUCAUUUGAUGGUUGUCUCAUUAUAUUAUGGCACAUUAAUUAUGAUGUACGUAGCACCAUCCAGUGGGGAUUCCUUUAAUGUUAACAAAUUAUUAUCACUAUUGUAUACUGUUGUGACCCCAUUACUAAACCCCAUAAUAUACAGCCUGAGAAAUAAGGACAUUAAAAAUGCAUUAAAACUUGUUGUACAAAGAAUAUUAUUACAUGCUAUGAAAUGA